AGGCGGAACUUGCUGCUGAACAAGCUGCCGCUGCUGGACCUGCGGACAGGAGAUCCUCAGUCUUCUCUUCCCGUAGAGGCACCAGAGGUGGUGAUGGGGAGGAGUCUGGUCCCAGCGAGCUUACUUUGAUCGCCUACUCGGCGUUCAUGGGGCUGAGCUCCCUUCUCUUUGGCGGACUUACUCUCCUCCAAGGCCGCAACGGCAGUGGGACGCUAGAUGAGCACGAGGUCCCGGCUCUGACAGUACGAGAAGCUUUCCUUCAGGGCCUCAGCCUCGUCAUGACUAACGUACACAAUCAAAUGGCUGGCAUUGCCAGUCUCUUCUUUCCCGGAGAUCCCCAGACGCUCGUCACUGGCCUUCUCAUCAUUACCCUCAUCUUCACAAUCGCCUACUCAACAAAGCCGUCAGACGCCUCCUUCCAGUCUUACCUCACCGACCUCUCUCUGCACCAACAUCUUCGUCACAUUCGUGAUCAGUCGCGUCGAAGCGCCUCCCCAACAAACCAGCCCAAUCCUGCUCUUCCCGCUGAGGGAAAGGGGAAGGGCUCGAGCGAGGGCGCCGCAAAUGAUGUAUCUGCAAUUGAUACUGCCACUGGCGAAGACUGGGAUCCUGAUCAGACGUACCCUCAUGUCUUGACCUUCGCAAACAGGAUAUCAGUUUCUCUUCGCACGCCUCCAUACAUCCGCCAUGAUUAUGCCCUCUUCAGCAUCGUAAUGGUAGCCCACCCUGCAAUCGCUUGUCCCAACCUCUUUCCGGCUAGGGGUAACUUGAAGAAGGUCAAUGCCGCAAAGGCUUGCACGAAGUGCGCAGCUCCAGAUGCUUCCAUUCAUCAUAGCCGUACAUCGUGGUAUGUCGGAGCGUUUGGUACAUGGUGGACGGGUGCCAAAGAUAUUCGGGACAAAGCUUCGAUACAGGAUGUCAAGGGUCAGCAUCAUGCCCACCCUGCAGAGCCUCAGUGGGGCGUACUUGAUAUGCGUUCUGGUGGUGACAAGAAGAAGCGUCGCCGCGUAUCUCCCCAGAAUGAAAGAUCACUUCUACGAGAUGGUCCCACUGAAGACUCCCAGUCCACAGGAACUGCUUUGUCUUCGACCGCCAAGCCUGCCAGGCGGAAGAAGCAGCCUCAUCGUCUUAGAACUUCGCAGAUUCCCGCCCAAGCUCCACCUCGAAGUAGCGUCCUUGCGCAACAGCAGCAACGGAAGACUGUAGUGGACGACACAGUUCGCUGUAGGCCAGAAGCUGUUACGCAACACGACGAUAGUCCGGCAAACGAAGUCGAGGCUUGCGGAACUCCAUCACCCAGGUCAGCUUCUGCAGAUCGUUCCACAGUCGAGUCGCCGUCAUCUGCAAUUGAUCCACUCAAUGCAGCAGCUGAAGCAGCUGUAGAUGAUUUGAGAUCACAGCUGUCGUCACUCAAGACGUCUUCGGAAGGAACACGUCAACAGCUGCAAAGUCAGCUCGAGGAUCUCAGAUCACGGAAAAGAGACGAAGACAUUGCUCGCUCUGAUCUCAGGGGCAGGAUGAAGACCCUCGAUGAAGGCAAGAGGACUGCAGAAGCUGCCAAGCGAGACGCCGAGAGAAAGCUGAAGACUGCCCAAGCGGUCAAGGAGAAUCUGGAGAAGAGAAUCUUGUCAGCUGAAGCUGCACUCGAAAACUUCGGUGAUCGUCAGACACAAGCUGAUCAACGUGUCAAGGAUGAGCUGCAGAACGGUCAGAAUCGUAGAACGGAGAUCGAAACAGAGAGGCUAGCAAAGCUCCAAAGCACAGAAGAUGCCGAGAAGAACCUCGAGACGCUUCGAACGAAGAUCGCAUCAUUGGAACAAAGAGUUUGUGAAGAGCAGAAGAAUCUCAAGGCCGCAGAACAAAGUCUGAGGGAGAGAAGCUACGCCCGUGCGCAGCAGGCGGCAGCAGCAGCAGCAGCGGCCGCCGCCGCUUCUGGGGGCGUUUCCCAUUCUUUCUCGCGCUCUGGACACGGAUCAAGUGAUGCCCUGCAUCUCAUGUCGAACGGCUACGGACCUGGCGACUCUUUUCUCUUUGGACAAACUCGAUCAGUCAGCGACUCAGUGCCGGCGUCUGCACCAUAUGACGACGGUAGAAAUGCAAUCUUCGAGGACUUUCACCGGUCAUCACCGACCCAUGGCCACUUCCCGCACCAGCAGUCCAGCCGCAGGAUCUCUCAGGAUUUUGGCGGAUCCGGCAUCGGUGGCACAGGCAUCCAUGGAAGCGACGCACCAUUCCAGCCAUUUGGAGGGCUGCAGCCAUAUUCAGAUCAUCCACAGAGUCUGGAAGCUCCGGCUCACGCGUCUGUGUUCCCAAGAGGGAGUCCUUCCGCGGGCGGGGCUGUCCGGGCUAGCCAGAUGCUGCAUCCUCGGAAUCAGCAAGACGCUGUCGGACCAUUCUCGCCAAAUCAGGCCAACGGGAAUCUCCAAGCUCACAUGAUGCCACCCGUCUCGCCUUUCUCCACUGACCUCUUGCCAAGCAACCUCUUCGCAAGUACAGAUGACGAUGAUACCCAUCCCGGGGUCAUGCCAGGUACCAGGUCGGAGGCGAUUGAAGCUGCUCUGGGGCGAUUUGGUCUGGAUACCUCAGACCAAUCCGACGCUGAUGGCACUCAAUCGGACAAGGAUGUUGUCGAUGCUGUGCUGGAGAGAGCCUUAGGACCGCUCUCGGAACAUGAAAGUGAGGAGGAAACUCAAGCUGCCGCGAAAACGACAAGUGCUCGCAGCUGGUGGGGUACCAACAAGGCACGGCAGCUAGGCAAAGAGCGUCAGACAGACUCCACAGACAGCACGGUCGGAGCAUCUCAGGGAGACUCCGACUCAGAUGGAGAAGCUGUGGAACCAGGAGCCGCGAAGCAGCAGCGCAAAACCUUUGGCUCCUUCCCACGUCUUUCGCUCAAUCAGCUCAACCCAUCUGCCAAAGUCUUUCGAAGUGCUUCCCGCAAGCAAGCUGAUGCAGAUGCGCUCAAAGGGCUCAACAGAGAGGGCUUUGGCAGCCAGGGGUACCUUGGCUCAACUGCGACCGUCGGCAGGCCAGUUGACUGGAGCACUCCGAGCCUUGGAGAUCAUAGCUCUAACAGCAGCCUCCAUGGUCAUGGGCCGAACAGCAGCGGCGUUUCUUUCGACGCUGUGCGAAGGGCCUUUGAAGCUUCCAAUCCUCCCGAUGACGAGGAAGGUAGACGAUCUUGGAGUGCCUUUGAUCAAUGGAGCCAGCGUCAAGGAUUUCAGCCUACUGCAUCUCGUAUGAACGGCGCCGCACGAGGACUCGGAGGAGCGGCCAGUCAACAGAAUCCCGCAGCCGCUCCUCGCAGCAUCAGCGGUGGAACGCGCCGAUCUGCGGGACCGGGUACUAUGGACUCCAAUCAAGAUGGCUUUCAGGUCUGGCCCGAAGAUCUAUUCUCUCCGCUGAACCGAACUGCGUCUUCUCAUUCGGCUGGCGCCAGCAUCGGAUCCAGUGUGCCUUCGUCUUCUCAGCAGGAUGCCUCUCCGCUCGCCCCACGGGACAGACCGACGAAUCGAUCUAGAUUUGCGUUCUGGAGUCAGAACUCGAAGGCCUCGCUCAACAGCGCCGGAUCUGCUGCUUCUGAUCAACAGCUUAGUAGCAGUGCCGGGGGCGGAGCUAACAACAAUGGUCUGCCAACGAGCUCGAUCGCGUCUGGUGCGUCUUCCGGGUCGCCCAGCCAAUCUACCGAGGGCGAGGGCAAGGGGGACCAUGCCCCUGCCUCUGCUUCGAAGCCCAAGAGAUCCUUCCGAUGGUCCAGACGAUCUCAGACUGCCAACUCCCAAGCUUCCGCUGCAUCCGAUGCCGACGCUGAUGAAGAGUGAGCGUGAAGAGGGUGGCCCUCCGGAAUUGCCGUGGUCAAGAUGAUCGGUGGUCAGUAAUGCUUGUACGUCGCUCGUUGUCUAGCCGCCAAAUGUAUCCAUCUGCAUCCAUCUCUGUCGUUUGUUCUUCCAGCAUUGCUUGACCUGAAAUUCGUGAGCUC